AUGGAGUUUCCUAGUACUGAUGAGAUCCAAGGCGGGAUCGACGCCAGAGAUGUUUGUGAAGAUGACACUGUGUUGUGGACAGAAAAAUGGAUGGAAAUCAAGUCUCUUCCUUACGGUAUCAUGGCUAGCUGUUACCUAGCGACCUUUGUAUCUAUUCGGUCCAUCACUUCAGCAUGGGUAUUAGAUGCUUUCAAGUGUAAACUUGGCGGUUUCAGUAAUUACGAGUCAUCCGGCGGAGAUCCGAGGGCUGCUAGCAACUGGGGUGGCUCCACGGACCGUCAUCCAAUCUCCCGGUUCGGACGACUCUGGUCCCGAGAAAAGCAGAAUUUGGAUACCGAACGAGCAUCUUUCUGA